GGUGCAGACAUGGCCAAGUCCAAGAACCACAGCACACACAACCAGUCCCGAAAAAGGCACAGAAAUGGUAUCAAGAAACCCCGAUCACAAAGAUAUGAAUCUCUUAAGGGGAUGGACCCCAAGUUCCUGAGGAACAUGUGCUUUGCCAAGAAGCAAAACAAGAGGGGCCUAAAGAAGAGGCAGGCCAACAGUGACAAGGCCAUGAGUGCACGUGCUGAGGCUAUCAAGGCCCUCGUAAAGCCCAAGGAGGUUAAGCCCAAGAUCCCAAAGGAUGUCAGCUUCAAGCUCGAUCACAUUGCCUACAUUGCCCACCCCAAGCUUGGGAAGCGGGCUCGUGCCCUCAUUGCCAAGAGGCUCAGGCUAUGCUGGCCAAAGGCCAAGGAUCAAACCAAGGCCCAGGCUGCAGCUCCAGCUUCAGUUCCAGCUCAGGCUCCCAAAGGUGCCCAGGCCCCUACAAAGGCUUCAGAGUAGAUACCUCUGUCGGCCAAUGUGAGGACAGAAGGACU